GCUGAUGUAGGUUGCUUUCGAAUGAAUUGGAAAAGCAGCAUUUCUCUUUGCGUGUGUGGCGUGCGCAGUGCAAGAGCCACGCACGAUGCAGCAGGGCCAUGUGGUGGUUUGGAGGCCUUCUCUCAGUAUGUGCUGCGAAUGCAUUGUCAGAGGUGGCCAAGAACCUGUCGGACCCUGUCGGACCUGCAAGUUCAUCAGGCUUCUCCAACUUGAAGUACAUCAAGGCAAACUGCGAGCUUUCCAGGAUCACGAGCAGCUGGCUUUGGAAGAAGAGGAAGUGGCACAGCUUCGAUCUGUUUUUCCUUCAGACGCUUUCGCCCCAGAAGCUUUGCUGUCGCCCAUUGGUCCAGAAGCUUGGGACGCAAAGCGUCAGCAGUUCGGCAAGCAUGGUUUGGAUGCCAACAUAUUUCCAGACUGCGCUGUGAACAAUGAGAACCACUUGGAGCGCACCACUGUCGCUGUCUUCAACCAACUGAAAAGCUCGCAUUUGGGUGUGGUAGUGACGGUCGGAGGGCUGUAUGGCCACCGUCACGGAGAAGGAGAAGAUGUGCUAGAUGAUCCUGCAAUUGAGCUGCUUUUGGAAAUGCAGCGACUACGCACUCCUGCGCUUCGCGCUUUGUGCUUGGGUUGUGAGGAAGAGCAGGUUGCCUCUCUCACUCGGGCUCGAAGCUUGCAGGAGGUAUUCCGACUUGAAGCACUGGAAGAAACAUCUUUGCGAUCGGCGCUGCCAGACAUCUCACUCCCAAAGGACUUUAUAGGUCCGAUCGAUUUGCUCCGUUUGGAUGCUUUGCCACAUGGAUCAUCCUGCCAAGUACUUCGCAGUCUUCUCUUGAAAGUCCAACCUCGACUCGUAGCGAUGUUUGUCUUCAGCCAGGUUCCACCUCCAUUUGAAUUUAUACCCCACAGCCAGAGCGUGGAAACGCCACCUGCUCUCAUGGCCUGUUCAUUGUCAGCUGCAAUGCAGGUCUUAGCCCCACACAACAUUUUUCUCAUCCACCUCACUGGCCCAUACGCUCUGUUUGUGCAUCGAGAAGAGUGGCACCAGGCGCUGCCGAUUGAUGAAAUGGACUGCUACCGGAAGUCGUCUGCAUGGGGUAUGCAGGACAUUCCCAUUGACUUCGUGCGAGAGUGGUUCUUUGAGGAUGUUGACAAGGUGCUGCCACGGAUAUGGAGUAAUAUCAGCAGCCUGUAUGUGAGUGGCCAGGGCAUGUUCACCUUAGGACUGCAGGCGAAAUGCAACAGUUCUAUGAUUCAUAAUGAUCUUUGCAAAAGUUACUUUUGGCGUCACAAACCUCCUUAAUCUUCAGUUGCCAACAAGUUUGAGGCGCAGGAGCCGAACUUCCGACCUUCGCCAGUUGCGCUUAGACUUUAGUCCCCCACACGCGCACACACAGAAAGAUUGACCACGUGUUUUCUUCGUCUAGAAGCACAUGUGGUACAAACAACAGCACACAAACCAAGAAGGAGCUAGAUAUCAGCCACCACAACCAACAACCAACAACCUGCCAGCCAAGCCCAACCAAAAGUAAGCACAUGCAGCAAUGACAGGAGUGAAGCAACGAAUAUCAAAACACACAAGCAAAAGACAUCCGACAAACAGUAUCAAUAUUAUCAAGAAA